AUGAACUCUGCCCCUACAAGGGCCUCAGUGUAUUUAAAACAUGAAAAACAUACAGCAACAAUGAUUGUGCUUUCUCUUGUCUGCUUGUAUCCAGUGUUACAGUUGAUGCAUAUGCCCGACCUGUGGGGGACUCACGGCAUCCUAAAUAUGGGGUUGUUAAUAACUAUUUUUAUUUUACAUGCUCUCUUACCGAAAGCAUAUCUGUCAAUUAAGGACGAAUGCCAGUCAAGUCCCUGCAGGAACGGGGCCAGCUGCCAGGAUAUCUUUGAUGGCUACCGAUGUCAGUGUCCGCCCAGCUACACCGGCCUGUCCUGUAGUCAGGACGUGGAUGAGUGCAGCCAGACCCCGGGUCUCUGUCAGCACGGAUCCACCUGUGUCAACACGGACGGGGGAUUUAUCUGCAGUUGU